CCAACUGUCCAUUAUUUUCCAUCAUUUCUCAUCUUCUUUGCUCACAAGCAAAAAGCCAUGGCUACACAAAUCAAGAAACCAUUACCUGCUUGUGCAAAAAUAAUAGAAGAAAUUACAAAAAUUUACAAAUCACUACCAACAAGACCAUCAAUAGUAGAAGUUGAAGCAGCAAAUUCUGUACUAAAAUCAGUAGAAACUGAAGAAGAAAUUAAACUUGAAGAAAUAUCCAAGAAAGUAGAACCACAAGAUGUUCCAAUAGAAUUAUACUCUGUAUUACAACAAGUGAGAAAAUCCAUAGUUUUGUUUCAAAGUCAAGAACAAAAGAAAGAGUCAAUUCAGUUAAUUGAACUUGAAAAAACUUAUCAGAAUUUUGACGAACUUAUUCAGAAGGCUUCUGAGUUGGUUUCUGUUGAGGACUCAAUUGGUGAAAUUGAAGAAAAAGUUGUGUUCAGUGAUGAAAAGAGUGAUAGUUUGAAGGGUUUUGUUGCAAUUUCUGAAAAUACUGGUGUUUCCUCUUCAGGGAUCAAGCACGCAGAGAAGUACAGUUAUUUGAAAGUGGCCGCACUAAUUGAAAACGCUGCGAAAACUGGAGCAAAGGUUAUUGAUCUUCACAACAAGUUAAUGGACAAGAUUGAAUGGCUUCCUAUGUCAUUAGGAAAGUUAGUGAAAGUCACUGAACUAAACUUUUCUGAUAACCAAAUUAUGGCUCUUCCCACUACAAUUAGUAACCUUAAAUCCUUAACGAAACUUGAUCUUCACUCCAACCAAAUUAUAAACCUUCCUGAUUCAUUUUGUGAGCUGCUCAAUUUAACUGAUCUCGACCUCCACGCCAAUAGGUUGAAAUCGCUCCCAUCUUCUUUCGGGAACUUAAUCAAUCUGAUCAAUCUUGAUUUGGGUUCAAACCGGUUCACUCAUUUACCGGAUCUUGUUGGGAACUUAACCUCAUUGAAGAGACUAAACGUGGAAACGAAUGAGCUCGAAGAACUUCCUUACACGAUUGGAUUCUGCUCUUCACUUGUAGAGUUGAGAUUGGAUUUUAAUAAGCUUAAAGCUCUUCCCGAGACUGUAGGAAUGCUCGAACACUUGGAGAUUCUUACGCUGCAUAUCAACAGAAUUAAAGGGUUACCAACGACAAUGGGCAAUCUCUCUCGCCUGAGGGAACUUGAUGUUAGCUUCAAUGAAGUUGCAAUCGUACCUGAAACGUUUUGUUUUGCUACCAAAUUGGAAAAGCUUAAUCUUGCUAACAAUUUCGCGGACUUGAGAACAUUGCCAAGAUCAAUCGGGAACCUUGAGAAUCUUGAAGAGAUCGAUAUCAGUAACAGUCAAAUACGAAUGCUCCCUGAUUCCUUCAGAUUAUUGUCAAAGUUGAAAACUUUUCGAGCUGACGAGACUCCACUAGAAGUACCACCAAGGCAAAUAAUAAAGCUAGGAGCUCAGGCUGUUGUAGAGUACAUGGCUGAUUUUGUUGCCAAGAAUGAAUUUCAAUCUCAGCGGCCAAAGAAAAGGAGAGGUUUAUUCGUUGGAGUUGCCCUUUGUUUUGGCAGUGAGAGGAAGAGGCGGAUUUAGGGCAGGUUCGUUCGGUUCAACUGAACUCAUUUUGUUCAGACCAAACACGGGUACAUGUCUAAGAUCAUAAUCAUUCUGAACCUACUUACUCUUGAUCUUGGAUUCGCCUUAGUAAGAGGUGUCGGAUACCUUCAAGAUUAUCAAAGCAAUCAGUUUUCACGACUUUUUAUGUAUAUAUGUGAGUAAAAAGUUUGUCUUCUUGAGCCGAGGGUCUAUCGAAAACAGCAUUUCUGUCCCAUUGGGGUAGGUGUAAGGUCUACGUACACACUACACUCCCCAAACCUCACUUGUGGGAUUUUACUGGGUUGUUGUUGUUGUAUGUGAAUUAAAAGUUUGUUCUAAGAUUAUGAGGCUAUAUCUAUGUUACUUCAUAUUUAUUGCAAAAAUGUAAAUACUGUUUUUCAGUAUCUGUUGUUAUAUAAUUGUUGGUUUGUGAACCAUUGUUAUGCUA